UUUGUGGGCAGAGCCGGGAGCAGGGAAAGCUGGGAACAGAAAAGAGGCAUUUCACGCUCUCGGCUGAGUCACCCCGAACGUAUAAAAUCAAGGCCAGGCAGUCGGAGCCGCUCCGAGCGGAGGCACGAGGCACCGGCACUUUUGGACAGGAAACAGGUCCUGCAAACCGCAGGGAUGAUUUCACCCUUGCUCAUCCUCCCUCUGCUGCUGGGGACCACAGCACACAGCCCGGUGAGCAGAGCAGCAUCCAGGGAUGUCACCACCUUUUUCCAGCUGGCUCAGGAAGACACUUGGGAGAAUGUUAAUCUCACCAGCAUGUCCUGUGAGUAUUGGAAGAACAGGACCUGGAUCACCCUGCAGCUGACCAACAGCAGCCUGACAACUUUCCCCGUCUGCCUUCCGGAGGCCCUGCAGAGCUUGGAUCUCAGCAAUAACCUCUUGGAAGAGGUGAACGGCACAGAGAUAGCAAACCUCCCGCAGCUGCGUGUCCUCUCGCUGAGGCACAACCAUCUCUGGUCUGUGAGGUGGGGAUCUGAAGCCCUCAGCAGUCUCCUCAAGCUGGACUUGAGCUUUAAUAAGCUGUCAUCUGUGCCAUCCUGCCACGGCUCUGCCCUGCCUAACCUGAAGUGGUUGUCCUUGGCUGGAAAUCCACUGAUUGAAAUCCAGCCACUGGCUUUUUCCUGCUACCCUCAGCUACACGUCUUGAACCUCUCUGCAACGCUGCUUGGGAAGGAUGAUAGCAGAGGAAUUAGGGACUCUGCUUUUGCCAUCAGCACAGAUCCCAACGAGGCCAUGAACAGGACUGCAAACUCCAUCAGUGUCCUUGAUCUGAGCAGGACCUUUUUUGAGAAAAUUGAACCAGAGUGGGCCAGGGACUUGGCCAACCUCAGAUUACUUCACCUGACAAACAUGCCACGGUUAAGAAGCCUCGAUGGCGACUUCUUUAAGUUCCUGCCUGGCCUCCAAGAGCUGCACUGUCAGGACUCCCAUUCCCUGAGUUUUGUGCAGACAGAGAUGUUUGACAGUGCUCCUCACCUGAGCCAUCUCUCAUUUGAGAACUGUAACCUGAGUUUCUUUAACCCUUGGAACACCAAUUCAUCGGAAGGCAUCACCAUCAACUUGUCUGGGAAUUCUCUGCUGUGCGACUGCCAGCUCUCCUGGCUGCUGUCCAAGCCCGAGAAAGUUGUUCUGCAAAAGGCUGGGGAGACUUUUUGCACAUCCCAGGAAGAUUCGGGCAGACAUCCAACACCUUUUUCACUGCUGGAACUCUACAAUAAAUGCCAGUCAGAGAGCAAUGUUACACUGCCCGAUUCAAACACAGCCCUUCCUGAUCAUGAUUCUUUCAACUUCACCAGUGAUGAGACCUCUGCUGUUGUAACAACAGACUCAGCUCUGCUCACCACGGAUUUGACUCACUCCAGCUCCCUGAUCCAUGGGGAUGUGAUGAGCACAGCAGCAUCCAACCCAAUGCUCACCAAAGACACUUCCAGCAGCUCCCUGAUCCAGUGGGAUGUGAGGAGCACAGCAGCAUCCAACUCAAUGCUCACCAAAGACACUUCCAGCAGCUCCCUGAUCCAGUGGGAUGUGAGGAGCACAGCAGCAUCCAACUCAAUGCUCACCAAAGACACUUCCAGCAGCUCCCUGAUCCAGUGGGAUGUGAGGAGCACAGCAGCAUCCAACUCAAUGCUCACCAAAGACACUUCCAGCAGCUCCCUGAUCCAGUGGGAUGUGAGGAGCACAGCAGCAUCCAACUCAAUGCUCACCAAAGACACUUCCAGCAGCUCCCUGAUCCAGUGGGAUGUGAGGAGCACAGCAGCAUCCAACUCAAUGCUCACCAAAGACACUUCCAGCAGCUCCCUGAUCCAGUGGGAUGUGAGGAGCACAGCAGCAUCCAACUCAAUGCUCACCAAAGACACUUCCAGCAGCUCCCUGAUCCAGUGGGAUGUGAGGAGCACAGCAGCAUCCAACUCAAUGCUCACCAAAGACACUUCCAGCAGCUCCCUGAUCCAGUGGGAUGUGAGGAGCACUGCAGGAUCCAACCCAAUGCUCACCAAAGACACCUAUACCAGCUCCUUGACCCAGGGGGAUGUGAGGAGCACUGAAGCAUCCAACCCAACUGAGCCCAUCCUAGCAAAGGCCAACAGUUCCUCCCAUGAGCAGAAGGCAGUUUCUGAAUCCACAAGCAAUCCCCCUUCCUCGGCAUCUGUUACCUCCUUCCCAGUUUUUUUCCAAGAGUUCUUUGCUCAGACCCCAGAUCACAGCUCCACAAGCCCAACUGGAACAGAACAGCCUCAGAGAGGGCUCAGAACAACACACACAACAUUCCCCCGGGAAGGGACAUUCAGCCAGACCACCAGUGGCUAUUCCACUGGAGGGGCAGGAGUCCCACACACCACCAACCAUCCCACUCACUCCUUUGCCACCCAUGGCAGGGAAGGUGCCCCCCAGACAAGCCCUCCCCAGGUGAUCUCCACAAGGAGCAGGGCCCACUCAGAGGCUGCAGGCAGCACGCCACCACCACACUACACCGAUGACUACGACUACGAGGAUCAGCCUAAGGAACCCCCGGUGCACACAGCCCACGUGGCCUGUGACUACAAUCCCUGCAGGCACCUGCAGAAGCCGUGCAAGGAGCUCCAGAACAUAACCCAGUGCUCGUGUCCUGGCACAUCGAGGGAAGAUGAGAUUCCAGACCCCCCCAGGCUCAGAGAGGUGAUUGAAAUCACUGACAGCUCUGCACAGAUACGCUGGUGUGCCCCGUACUCAGUUGUUCACAGUUAUGAGCUGGUGCUUCGUGCCCAAGACAGUGAGGACAGGCAGAUUGUCAUGGAUAACAUCUACCCCACGGCCAGGCAGUACACUUUGUAUAACCUGCUGCCUUUCACCACUUACCACAUCUGUGUGUCUGCCUCCAACAAAGCAGGCUCAAGCCAGAAAACAGGCCAGGAAAUUCCAGGUAAUUCGUGCACCAGCUUUAAAACAAAACCCAGCUACAAGUAUGUUUUUGCUGGUCUGUCUGCAGCAAGUGGACUCUUUCUCAUUACCACAAUUAUUUUAUCUGUAUGCCUGUGUAAGGCAUGUAAAAAGCCUCAGAGUGAACAGUAUGGUACACACUUAGUCUCCUAUAAGAACCCAGCAUUUGAUUAUCCCUUAAAACUACAAACCACUAAUUAGCUCUGGGUGAUUGUUCCAUGCAUUCAAAGCUCGCUAUCUCCAUUGCCUUGGUGUGUUUUUGUGAGACUCUGAAAAUGUGCUUCAGUAAAAAACUAUGAACCAUCAGAUUCCAUAACCCUGACGUUUCUAAGGGAGAGAAAACCACAAAAAAAAAAAAGA